CAGCUCAAUCAUCCACAAGGACAAGUUUAUUCAUCAAUGGAGACUUCUCGGAGGCUGGUUCUGAUCUUUGCGGCGGUGCUAGUGGUGGCUGCUUGCAUUUGUGUAGAGGUCUCUGAAGCGCAGACCAUUUGUAAUGUGUCUGUGAAUAACUUGAUGUCCUGCAAGCCGGCCGUAACAAAACCUAACCCUGCCAGACCGACCAAGGCCUGCUGCUCCGCGGUGUCGCAUGCCAACUUGCGGUGCCUCUGCUCGUACAAGAACUCAAACCUGUUGCCUUCUUUGGGGAUUGACCCUAAACUUGCCAUGCAGCUCCCAGGCAAGUGCAAGCUUCCUCACCCUGCCAAUUGCUAGAAGCACUUAGCUAUAGCUACACUGUCAGAUGUAACUACCUAGCUAUCCUGCAUAAGUUUAAGGGGUGUAAUUUUGUAUAAGUUUAAAUAAAGCUAUAUGUAUAACAGUGUAUGGAUGACUAAGAUGGGAUUAAUUUUGGAGUGAAAUGCUAAAAAACUUCCUGAUUUAAAUUCCGAA